AUGGAGUCCCUGAGGGGAAUGUUCGAACAACCGUCUGGGAAGUUCAAGCACGAAGCUCUUAAGUGCAUCUUCAACUUCGAAAUUGAGGAGGUAUGCCGGGGUGAGGUUGGUGAGAGGAAGUUGCUAGGUCCUGAGCUAGUGCAAACCACGAAUGAGGCAAUACAAAAGAUCAAAGCUCGUAUGCAACCAGCUCAAAGCAGACAGAAAAGCUAUGCCGAUGUGAGAUGUAAGGACCUGGAAUUUGAGAUUGGUGGUAAAGUGUUCUUAGGGGUGGCACGUAUUAUGAGGUUUGGCAGGAAAGGGAAGCUGAGUUUGAGGUGUGUGACAGAUCCGUCCCAUGUAGUUGACUUUGAGUCAUUGCAGUUGAAUGACAACUUGAGCUACGAGGAGAAGCCUGUAGAAUUUCUCGCCAUAGAGGUAAAGACGUUGCGCCACAGGAAGAUUGCACUUGUGAAAGUUCUGUGGAAGAAUCACCAGUUCAAGGAGGCCACUUAG